UAAAUCUAUAAUAAUAAAUAAAAAAAAAGCAUCAUCUGUUUUGUUGAACAAGUGAAAAGUUAAGACAGAUAGAUUGUCAGUGAUGUAUGACUAGAGACCAGAGACUUUACCUCCCUGACUCGAUUCUAAGCAAGCAUUAAUUCAUAAGACGAGGACAACUCACACGUAGACAAGUAAAGAAACAAAUCCAGCAGCUUACACUUCCUCUUCCUCGUUCUUUCUCUGUCUCAGCUGGUUCCUAACGCUUCGUAAAAAUACAAGCAGAAAAAAGAGAAAAGACAAACUAAAAAAAUAUAUUAAAGUUAAGUUAAGGUUCGACUGAAAAACGUGUAUCGUGGACAUGUGGUGGUAUAAAAUAACGGUGUAGUUAGUUGGAGUCGACUCUCGAAUAUCGAGCGGGCCCCGGUUUGUACCAGAGGGUUUGUCUUGCGUGCUUUUGGUUUGUAACGCGCUUGCGUUACAAUAUCGUUCAGAGACUACAUCUUUUUUUACUCAACAGACCUGAGCUUUUUCUGUCCCGCUCGGGGCUCGUGGAUUUACAACAGCUAGAUCAUGCGCACAAAUCCUCGACAACCGGCUCUCACUCUCACCCCCACUUUAGUUACCCUUUUAGACAAAGACAAAGCAAAGACCAAAAACAAGGACUGAAAAUUAGUAAGGACGAAGACGGAGGAGCGAGAGGAAGAUGAUUAUGAUGUGGACGAGGACGAGGAGAAUGCGGUGAAGAGCGCCGAUUUUGGGAUCGACAGAGGGCGCUCGAGGAAGACAGGAAGGAGGACUAAAGCUCUACGGGAGUGAGAAUGGUAACCGUAACGGCGCGGAUAACUGAGAACUGAAUAUUGAGAAUAGUAGAGGGUGGUAUGUUCCAGUGUGCAGCGGGCGAGCAUCGCGGCGGCGACGCCGUUCUGCUGCUCCUGUAGAUGGUGUCAAUACACCAGUCAGCGUGUCAAACGUGACAUCAAGCCUUUCGUUCAUUAUCAUAUCUUAAAUACACAGUCUGGCUGAUCUGCAGCUUACAGACGUAUGGAGUCGCUCUUUUCAAUCUUUCUUCUGGAAUUAUAUAAAUAUCAAUAAUAUUCAUCAUCCCUUUAAAUUUUAUUGGAAAAAAUUCGUUCUAGUUUGAAUAAAAUGAAAUAACGGAGUCAGCGAAUAAAUAAAUAAAAAAUAUCUGAAAGGUGCUCUUGAGUGUGUCGCGGUUUAAUAGGGUCGCACAGAAGAACCAGUGCCGCGCCUAUUACCGCAAAAGAGGAGGAUGCGAGCGCGAGUCGACAUGAGUCUCGGGCCACCGUGACACAGGGCAACUUAGUUGCUGGAUAACUUACUCCUAUAUAUUUAUAGAUAUAUAUAUAUCUAUAUAAGUAUAAGUGAGAAGUGUGUGAGUGAGUGCGGUGAUAAGAUAAGUGAGAGAUAGUGGCUGCGUGUCCAAGUGAGGAUGCUGCGGCAUCAGUGUAAAUAAUAGUAUUAAUAUUAAUAUUAAUAAUAAUAGAUAAAAAACUAAUAAGAAAUAAAAAACAGUGGGUGAGAGGUGAUGUCGUGACUACUGAGGCAGUUAGACCAAGCAGGAGUGAAAAUGAAGGGGUGCAUCCUUUCACUUCUGAGGAGGACGAUGGUAGCUCUGGUGGUGCUGAUCGCAGCGUCGACCUCGUCCACUGGGGCCCACCGUCCUGUGCCCAAUAAUAGCCCAGCGCUGGUUCCAAGCUCGGCCUCGCCCGCGGCAACGCUUCUGGGGUUCGGUUCGAAUAUCUCCAGCGUAAACUCCUCUAAUGGGCAUCCCAGCGAGCUGGACAUUGGGUACGAUGGGUACAACGCGACUCUCCAUCAUCGGCACCACUUCGUUACCCCCCACGGGGCCGAGGACAACACGACGGUGGUGGAAAAGACACCCCUGUUCCCCAAGGAUCUGUUCACCUUCGAGGAAAGGAGACGCGGAGCGGUGAUUUUUCACGUCUUGGGGGUCGUUUAUAUGUUCGUCGCCCUUGCGAUAGUCUGCGACGAGUUUUUCGUCCCCGCGUUGGAUGUUAUUAUCGAGAAAUUUGAAAUCGCGGACGAUGUGGCAGGCGCGACUUUCAUGGCAGCCGGAGGGUCAGCUCCAGAACUUUUUACCUCGGUGAUAGGGGUGUUUGUUUCUUUUGACGACGUGGGAAUUGGCACCAUCGUCGGGUCUGCGGUGUUUAACAUUUUGUUUGUUAUUGGAAUGUGUGCGAUUUUCUCUAAAACAGUUCUGUCACUUACGUGGUGGCCACUCUUCCGCGAUUGCACUUUUUACAGUAUCAGCUUGUUAACUUUAAUCUACUUCUUUCGCGACAACUUUAUACAUUGGUAUGAGGCACUAGUACUCUUCGGGUUCUACCUGGCCUACGUCGGGUUCAUGAAAUUCAAUCAACCUAUGGAGAAACUCGUCAAGAGGAUAUUGUACAGAAAUAAAGUCACAAGGGUCAGGUCGACUGACCAGCUGAUGCCAUCGCACCAGAGCGCUGCCCAGGCAUUGCAGCAUCCAAACGCAACGAAUAGCAGUGAGACGAGUGUGGGAGGAACAUCAGGUGCGUGUGGCAGCAGCGGUGCCGCGAUAAACGCUGAUGCUGGAUGCAGCAGCAGUCGUGGAGGCAGCAGCAGUGGCCAAGGCUGCGAGCAGUCAUCAUCUCAUCCAGGUGCUCGACACUCAUCAAGGGAGAGUCACGCCAAGUUUAGGCACGGCCUAUUACAACUAAUGAUCCACACAAUUGAUCCGCUCCACGACGGUCAGUCUCGCGCCGGUAAAGUGGAUGAGAAGGCAACGCAGUUGCACGCAAUAGCGUCACUGAAAGUCCUCUUGGACGCAACAAAGCCACAGAAUGGAGCUGCGACGUCAACGUCUGCCCAAUACUCGGGCUGUGUCUCCAAAGAGACGGCGCUUCAACUUCAGCAGGGGUCACAAGGUACUACGACGACAACAACCACCACAACAACUGCUGGUACCACUGCUGGUAUCCAGGAACUUCCUAAUGGCGGAAUAGCUGCUGGCAUUGACGCUGGUCUUGAAUCGGGUGAAGAAGAUGAACCACCAGAAGCGCUAGACAUGACGUGGCCCACUAGCCCAAAAAAGAGACUAACGUAUAUUCUAGUUGCGCCUAUUUUAUUUCCUCUCUGGCUAACUUUACCCGACACGCGAACUCCGAGAGGAAAAAAAUUCUUCAUAGUGACGUUCUUUGGAUCGAUUGUCUGGAUAGCAGCGUACUCGUAUCUGAUGGUCUGGUGGGCGAACGUAACUGGCGACACAAUAUUAAUACCUCCCGAAGUGAUGGGUCUUACAUUCCUGGCGGCUGGGACCAGUAUUCCUGAUCUCAUAACCAGUGUAAUUGUUGCACGAAAGGGUUUCGGUGACAUGGCAGUCUCUAGCUCUGUCGGCAGCAAUAUAUUCGAUGUGACAGUUGGGCUUCCGGUCCCAUGGCUUCUGUACGGUUUGAUUUACGGCAAACCAGUGGAGGUUAAUUCUGUCGGGAUGGUCUGCAGUAUCGCCAUACUCUUCUGCAUGUUGCUGUUUGUAAUUAUGAGUAUCGCUUGCUUCAAAUGGCGAAUGAACCGUGGCCUCGGAUUCACCAUGUUCCUCCUGUACUUUGUUUUUGUAACAGUAUCGCUUAUGUUUGAAUACGAGAUUCUCGUGUGUCCUGUUUAGGAACUCUAUAAAACGAGCGACGUAUACAUCAACGACGACAAAUACAAUAAUAUUUAUAUUAAUUAUGAAUAAACAAUAAAAACAAAAAUAAUAGUUACGAGAUUAACAAGAUAGAUAAGAAGAUUUAAAUAAAAAUCAAGAAGAAGAAAGUUAAGAAUUUUACGCAUUUAAAUUAUUCGACUCACCGACUAAUCAGAAGACAAUUACACCUUUAAUUCUAACGUAAUUGUCCAACGGAACUACCAUAAUCGAUUUGUUAUUCAAUGAGGUCUGUAAAUAUGUAUAAAACCUUGAAAACUGUCCUUGUCAUAGUCUUUUUAUCUAGACCAAAUCGGCAUUUUAAUUUAUAAGAACGUCAGUAUAAACUAUAUGUAUAUUUAUAUAAAUAAUACUCGACUUUUUAUUUGGUUGACUAUUCGGGUAUUAUAUUAGGUACUGUAAGAAAAAAAAAAAAAAAAAAAAAAACAUAAUAAGGUUUGCUUUUUAUUUAUUUAAUCAAGACACUCGUUAGCUAUUUUAAGAACUUGAUAACAGAGCUUCGCACGCCUACCUCGUUGCCCGCGAGGUUAUUAUAGUUGAUAGGAUUAAAUUUUUCGCAAUUUUGUAUUACGUAAAAAUAUAAUAUAUAGAUAUAUAUGUAUAUGUUACAUUAUAUUUAUAAAGAACAAAAAUAAUUUAAUAAAUCGAUGUAAUAAUUAAAUCGAUUAGACUAUAAUUCGGAGGAGCUUAGUCAUAGUCUUCGGCGAUGAAGCAAACAAGUUCUCUUAGAGUGUCAGUAAUUUUAUCAAUUAUUAUUAUUAUUUUUUUUUUUUUAACUGCA